CAAUCGUCAACCUCUCUCCGGCCCCCCGAGUUGGAUCUCACCACCAUUGUUGCCGAUCAUCUCUGAUCUCAUCAUUUUCACCGAUCACCACCAGCUACUCUCUCUACUCAAAACCAUAGAAAACCACUUGUAUUUCUUCUCUGUGACAGCCGCACAAAAGGGACAAAACUCUCAGAAAUUUCCAGUUUGUGCUCUCGGUGAUUUAUGAAGAAACAGCAAUGGUAGAGGGAACAGGAUUCGGGGCAGAAGGGCAGAAGAGAGAAGGAGCUUGGGGUGAUUUCCGGUGUCUUUUCGGUGAUUCUCCGGUGGCUGUUCCUGCUCUGCGGCUUGCUGUUUUUGUCUGAUUUCUCUCGCUUAGGUAUCGAUAUUUACAGAGGAGCUUGAGAAUUGGUUUUUUUUUUUUGCUGAAGAUUCAGGGACUAUCCCGUGGGUGGGGUACCCUGGAUCCGAAGCAAAAAUGUACCUCUCAAUCUUCGCCCCUUUCUUGAUAUAUGCAUUUGCGUUGGUUGUGAAUCUAGAUCUGUAGAAAUGUAAAACUGGUUGAUGAAAUGAAAUGAUACAUUUUUG